AAUAGCUUCUAUAUACACCCAUGUCCGUUCAUCAACCUCACUUCCACACCUAUACUCAUCAUCCAUGUAACGUUCAUUACAUAGCUGUUAUGUACAUCCAUAUUUACAUCCAACAUGCAUACGCUACCAAGGACCCGGGUACUUAUCUAGGGUAGGUAUAUGUCACGUUUGCUUAAUCCUUACCUUGUCACUAUUUUUGCCGGCACUGGCGUUCAACGAACGGGAUGAAUGUACAUCUGAUUUAGGAAGUCUGUGACACCGAACCCGUUGAGAUGCAUGCUGUUUAAGUCGAUACCUAACUAAGUAGAUACCCAUGGAAAACGAUUUCGGAAGAGUACCUAUUUGCCACUCCUCCACAAAGAUCAAAUACUCCUGACUCGUCUACCUACCUACUUAUCCUCCCAAUUUUUUUACCAGUUAAUUUAUUGAUGAAUUGAAAACUCCGGCGAGUAUAUUAAAAUUGAUAUUGGGAGAACGAGGCUCCUGAAUCAUACUGUCCGGAUAGCUGUUGAAUAUGUCCGAUCCGCCCGUCAAGGCGUCGACAGCGCCAAAGACCGCGCAAACCACAACAUCACCCGCAACAUUACCAACGUCUGCAAAAUCUCCAGCUCCCGCACCCUCAUCAUCGCCAAAAGCGCCAGAAACAACAGCUUCGACCUCAGCGGGUGUUCCCGCGCAAGCUCCCGCGUUGGGGACUACCAGCUCCAACAUCCUCCCUGCGUCUCAUUGGGCUUCGGUACCUCACGUUGAAGAGUCUGAUUACGAGGAUUCUGCAUUUGGAGACGACAAUGCUAGCUCGACUGCGUCGCUAACGGCUAGUAUACUUGAAUAUCGAACUGUACACGGCCGUACCUAUCAUAGCGAACGCGGAAAUGCGCAGUCGUGGAAUCCUAACGAUGCCCUCCACGAUGAAUCGAUGGAUAUUCUCCAUCACGUCUCGACCUUGAUGCAACACGGCAAGAUUUAUCUAGCCCCCAUUAGAGAUGAUAUUCAGAAAGUAUUGGAUGUGGGUUGCGGCACAGGGAUAUGGGCAAUUGACUUUGCCGACCUGUUUCCGAGCGCCGAGGUCAUCGGUGUUGAUAUCUCACCUCAGCAGCCUCAAUGGAUCCCGCCGAACUUGAAAUUUGAAGUAGAUGACGUGACGCAACCCUGGACCUAUGAACCAAACAGCUUUGAUUACAUACACUUGCGCUGGCUCACCGGAUCUAUUCCAGAUUGGGAUGCCCUUUAUCGGGAGAUAUUCCACGCACUGAAGCCCGGAGGGUACUUUGAGCAUAAAGAAUCAGCUUGUACGCUUACUAGCGACGACAACACAGUUCGCGUAGGGUCCGCUAUAGACCAAUGGGGGAAAGUAUUCACGGAGGCUGGCAGGAAAUUUGGCCGUUCCUUCAGUGUUGUUGAAGACGGACUCCAAGUAAAGGCGAUGGAGAAAGCAGGUUUCGACAUCGUACUAGUCGAGGACAUGAAGACACCACUGGGACCGUGGCCGGCGGAUGAGAAUGAAAAACAGAUCGGGAUGUAUAAUAGGCUAGCUAUCGAGCAAGACGUUGAAGGGUUUUUGAUGUAUAUGUGGACUAUGGUGAUGGGCUGGAGUAAGGAAGAGAUCCAAGUUUAUGCCGCACAUCUACGGCGCGAGUUACGAUCUCCGAAUAUCCACGCCUAUUACCCCCAAAAGGUUGUCAUUGGCCGAAAACCAGAGAGUUCUUCAUAAGGAUGCUCCCAACGCUGUGUCAAUUCACGUACCAGCCUAUCCCUAAUUGCGCUCCAGAGUCUUGGGGUUAUCCACCAUUAUAUUACAGUCGGUGGCACAUGCAAAACAAGUUGGCAGAAGCGGAAAGGCCCGAAACGAUACUAGAGUGAAUUAUUACACUAAUCUACGGCUUAGUUUACUUGGAAAGAAAUACAUUCUGGGCACUUUUCACAAUCUGAGGCAUUAGCUACCUAUUAGAAUGGUUCCAUUGUGUGACCUUUCGGAUGUCUCAAUAUAUGUGUAGGUACCUUAUCAAGCGCCCCUUUCCCCCUAAUAUAUCACUUCCCCCUAAUAUAUCACCUCACUCCAUGGAAUAACAUUCUAGCAAAUUCUUAAGAGAGAGGUAGCUAUUAUCCCAUCGAUAUUUAAUAUCAAUCAC